GUCCAACGGAACCCUCCCACCAACACAGACGUGGACCAGAUCGCCGGCACACUGAGGCUGAGGUCUAUCCAGCCUGACGCUGUCGGAACCUACCAGUGUUCUGCCUCCAACCGCAUCGGAGACCCUGCUAUCGCCACUCACGUUAUCGAUGAAGUGGAAGAAGGUGUUCUCUGUGGACCCGUAGACGUCAUCGAUGACGUCACUUCCGUUUCCCCUAACCAUGGAGGGAACUUUACUAUUGGCCAACAGGCGACUGUCACGUGCAAAAACGGACAGAACGUUACGCUACAGUGUCAGAAGAACGGAACCUUCAACAUUCCCACACCUUACUGCAGUAUACGUACAGAGAUGGGCCAUGGACAGAGCGUGGUGGUGUGGGCUGUGCCGGUUUCCGUCAUAAGUGUCGGACUUCUUGUGAUCGUGGUAGCUGCUUUCUUCAUCUUCAAACGUAGGAGGGCUACAAAACAGCGAGGAACCUCCAAUGACGAAUGCGAGAUGGUCGACCCACAGGACUUCCGUCCGCCGACCAGGAGUCCACAAGCCCCGGCGACAGUUUCUCCCCCACUCGGGGCAUCUGAGACCCAGUCGGCGGGCUCUGAGUACCAGGCGCUGGACCCGAGGACCAUGUGUGAUACUGACAGUGAGUACACAAGUCUACGAGACUAUGAGAUUGCGUACGACCCCGAAUACGAGAACACGUUUGGAAAGGUGUAUGAAAAUGCCUGAUUAUGUCAAGUAGAUUUUGUAGCCGCAGAUUGACAUUCAGGUCAAGUUGGCAGUCUAAGACGACCCAGACUUCGGCCCCUAGUACGAGAACACAUUCGAAAAGGUGUAUGAAAAUGCCUGACUAUUUUAAUCAAUAUAUUUUGUAACCGCAGAUUGGCAUUAAGUUCAAGUUGGCAGUCUGAACUGUCUCCACAGGUUGGGUCCACUUUUGUCGUAACAAACUCUCAUCCUGUAAGGUUACUAUCCUAAAAGUACAAUUUAGCCCUUUUGUCCAUAUCAUCAAAGAGCUAUUCGUUUCUAGGGACAUCUAGUUUGAAUCAAAAGUGCAAAAAAUUAGCCGAGGCCUUUUCCAAGUGUUUCAAGUGUUCCAAAUAUAAGUUGUUUAAUUUUACAUAUAAAGAGCCUAGCAACGGACAACAUACAGCAAAGUACUUUAAGUAGUCAUAUUAUACUAUGGUUCAUUGUUAAAUAUCAAUAGUCAAGAAUUCUUAACUGUAGAAAAAUUUCAUAAGAUGCAGUAUUCAAAAUGUACACUAAGACUUACUAAAAAUGGUACCUUACUUUAAUUAUAUUUUUAUGUUGUGAAAUUUUGAUAUCUUAUGACAUAAUCAAGUAGAAAAUAAAUGACAUUCUUAUUAUAUUGUAACCUGUAUCAUAAGGAAAGAAUUGUACUUUUUACUGUAUCAAAGACAAUUUUCGAUAUUUUGAAUAUUCAAAUGCAACUGAUAGAUUUAUACUUUUGAUACGCAUAGACAAACCUUGAAUAAGAGCAAUUGUUUGUUCAAUCAUCUACACAUAUG